UCCGGUGUCAUGGCGGCCUCCUUCCCUGAAGGCGUGCCGGAGACUGAGGACGGGAAGAGACCGCAGUUCGGGAACCGGUUCCUGAGCGACCCGGCGCGCGUCUUCCACCACAAUGCCUGGGACAACGUGAAGUGGUCAGAGGAGCAGGCCGCGGCGGCGGAGAGGAAAGUGCAGGAGAACAGUUCCGAGCUGGUGUGCCCGGAGAAGCAAGUUGAUUAUGAAGUCAAUGCCCAUAAAUACUGGGAUGACUUUUAUAAAAUCCAUGAAAAUGGGUUUUUCAAGGAUAGACACUGGCUUUUUACUGAGUUCCCUGAACUGGCACCUAGCCACAAUCACCUGACGGAUUUACCCUUGGGAAAGCAGAAGAGUGAAGUCUGUGAGGAUGGACCUGGCUGGACAACAGAACAGCACAAGUGUUCUUGUACCUGCCAUGGAUGUAAGACUCGGGUGCCUCCUGUGGAAGAGCCAGUGACUCAGAGGCUCAGUCACCUAGAAAUUCGUGCUGAUGAAUUUCCUGGCUCCUCUGCCACCUACCGAAUACUUGAGGUUGGUUGUGGUGUAGGAAACACAGUCUUUCCAAUUUUGCAAACUAACAAUAACCCAAACCUCUUUGUUUACUGCUGUGACUUUUCUGCCACAGCUAUUGAGCUGCUCAAGACAAAUUCAGAAUAUGAUCCUUCUCGCUGUUUUGCCUUUGUUCAUGACCUCUGUGAUGAAGAUCAGAGUUACCCAGUGCCCGAGGACAGUCUUGAUGUCAUCGUUCUUAUAUUUGUUCUUUCAGCAAUUGUUCCAGACAAGAUGCAGAAAGCUAUCAGCAAGCUAAGCAGACUCCUGAAGCCUGGAGGGGUGAUGCUUCUUCGAGACUAUGGCCGCUAUGACAUGGCUCAACUUCGGUUUAAAAAAGGUCAGUGUCUGUCUGGAAACUUCUAUGUGAGAGGUGAUGGCACCAGAGUUUACUUCUUCACACAAGAUGAGCUGGAUGCACUCUUCACUGCUGCGGGUCUGGAAAAGGUACAGAACCUGGUGGAUCGCCGCUUGCAGGUGAAUCGAGGGAAACAGCUGACCAUGUACCGCGUCUGGAUUCAGUGCAAAUACAGCAAGCCUCUAGUACACAGUGCCAGCCAACAUGGGCCCAUUCCCCAUACGACAUAAGUUCUUCAUAUUCAGGGCUUUUGUAAGAAGACAUCUGUAAAUGGUGCCUUGAUGGUUGUGGACAGUCUGGAGAUUCACGUAGCUCAGACUUUGAGCCUAGGAACAAUUAUUUUCUGUUAACAUUAACAAUUGGUUUUUAGCUAGGUACGAUGCCACAUGCCUUUAAUCCCAGCAGUCAGGAAGCAGAGGCAGACAGAUCUCUGAGUAUGGGGACUGCCAGUGCUACACAGAGAAACCCUGUCUCCAAAAACAAACGAAGUGUGGCUUUUAUUUGUGAAGCCCAUUAAUCCGUAUUUUGUGGAGUUCAUUUUAUUGUUAAUAUUACUGUCUAGUGGGGCAAUGCUGUGGUGAAUGUGGGGAGUUCAGAGGACACCUUUCAGGAGUCGGUUCUCUCCUACGUGGAAUUCAGGCUUAGCAGCAAAUACCUUGAGCUUUUGACAGCCCACAGAUUUUUAAUGACUAGAGUUUUGUAUAUAGGAAAACUCAUUCUGUGACCAAAAAUGACUUUGAAGUUUAGAUCCUCCUACCAUCAUAUUGCAAGGUGGUGGUGGCCACACCUUUAAUUCUGGCCCUCAGAAGCCAGAGGCAGGUGGAUCUCUGAGUUCAGGGCCAGCCUAGUCUACAGAUUGAGUUCCAAGAUAGCCAGAACUACAGAGAAACCCUGUCUUGAAGGGGAAAAAAAGAAAAUUAAGAAAGGGGGGGGGAAAAGUAUGCUAACACAUUUGUUUGGGGAGUUAAGAAUUUAAAACCUGGCCAAGUGUAAUGGCUCACAGCAGGAGUCCCUGCAGUAGAAAGCUGAGGCAUAAGGAUCCCAGUAAGAUCAAGGGCAGACUGUGCUACAAUGUAAAAACGUCCUAGGGAUUGUGAAUCUGGCUCAGUGGCAGAGCAUAAGCCCUAGAGCCAGAUACAUGGUAUUAGAUUAAUCCUAGCAUGUGGCCGUCUGAGAUAGAACAGCCUUAAAUUCAAGGCCAGCCCAGGCUACAUAGUGAGAGCCUACCUCAUGUUUCCAUGAGAGCUGGUUCGGCUUAAUCCUGUGGGCAGGGGUAGAAGCGAUGUUGUGUUCCAUCGCAUGGUACUGGAUCAUGGGUACCUUUUAAUACCUCCAUUAUUGGGACUAGAAAGAAGGUUCAGCAGGUUUAAGGACUUGCUGCCAAGGAUGACAACCUGAAUUCAUGCCCCCAAGACCCACAUGGUGGAAGGAGAGAACAGAACCAUCAUGUGCUAUAGCAUCUGUGUCCUCAGACAUACACACCAAAAUAAAAUAAUUUUUUAUGUCUU